UGUAAGUAUGAAAGAGGCAGAACUAUGCUAAAGUAAAUUACUUAAUUAAAUAUAUACUUUUUAAAAUAUAAGUACCUUCGACAUGCGCAUCGAAGCUUUCCUGUUGAAUAUUUCUUGAACGAAGUAUAGUGACAGCCCUCAUUAUGGGCACGAGUAUUUUUCCUGUACUGGUAACACGUGGAAGCCCAUGGCAACGGUUACCUGCAAACAUUGUACUCCAUGGUCUCGUGCUAUUUAUUGCUAUCAGCUUUCUGGCACAUGUUAGCUGCGACUACAAUGUGCUUUCGAGUAAAUAUGAAAAGGUACAAAACUCUUGUGCAUAUCCCUGCCAGUGUGAGCGGAACUUGGCGUUGUGCCCAGAGGGCGUUCCAGUCGUUAUGGACGGAUGUGGCUGCUGUUCAAUCUGUGCUCGUCAACAAGGGGAAUUGUGUGGUAUAAUUCAGCUAUGUGACACCACGAGGCAGUUACAGUGUGUAUAUUCAUCACCAUCUGUAGACUAUGGUAUCUGCAGAGCAAAGAAAGGAAUGAGUUGUUAUGUGGCAGGAAACAGAUACAGAGAUGGUGAUUCCUUCAAGCUGGACUGUAAGACCCAGUGCACCUGUCAAAAUGGAACUUAUGGCUGUGUGUCACUUUGUCCUCUCGAAAACUUCCGUCCUUCGGCCAAGUGUCACAAUGCGCAACUCGUGCAUGUGCCAGGUGCCUGCUGCCGAGAGUGGCAGUGUGAGUCUAACGUAUUGAAAGAUACAAAAAUUACGUGUAACCGGUACUCUACCAAUUGGACACCGUGUUCAUCAACUUGUGGCGUAGGUUCAUCCAGACGAUUGACCAAUGAUAACGAUGAUUGUGAACUGAGAAAUGAGACUCGCUUAUGCCAGAUUAAACCUUGUAAUUACCAGAUUGGUGAACUUUCAUCCAAUCACAGUCCUCGUAGUAGACGACAUCAUCAACACUGUCGAGCUACAGUCCGGAAUCUAGACUUCAUAUAUCUGACCGAUGGUCACAACUGUGUCAGCCUAAAACGCUAUCGUCCGAAGUUUUGUGGCCACUGCUCAGACAAGUCUUGUUGUACACCUAAACUAUCAACUACGGUCAACGUUCCAUUUCGAUGCUAUGGCGAAGAAGAGGGAACGCAAGUGAUGUCAAAAUUUGUGAUGUUUAUUGUUAAGUGCGAAUGUCAUUCUAAAUGUUGAGAAGGGGCUUAUUUUCAACCAAAUUUUACACUU